AUGAAUGGCUAUCAAACAUCUGAAGACGGUCUUAAUAUACCAUAUUCACCAUGUGAACCAGGAAAAUUUGAUUUUUACAGAAUUCAUCAAGCAAAGGAUUGUCAAUUGUCGGAAGAAGAUGAUGGUCCAACACUAUCGACUUUAACACCAGCUAUUGGUAAAACUACGUCUAUGACGCGGUCGCCAUUUGCUGAUUAUGUACAUAAUUUGAAUAGUAAUACAAAUCCAUUAGAUAUACCGAAUAAUAUUUUGAAAACUAAUGAAAAUACCUUUGCCACAACAGUUAACAAUUCAUUGUCAAAUUCAGUAUCCGCUUCUUCGUUUUUUCUCCCAGAUGAAUCAAAGACUGAUACCGAUAAUCCAAUUAAAGAAACAUCGUCUUCCAGUGCAUUAUCCACGCUCACUAAUGCUGUUAAAAAUGUAAUAAGUCCAGUUCAUUUAUCUACUGAUUAUAAUCAUCAUGAUGAUCAGAAUCAUGAUCAUCAAGAUCAUGGUUCAAUUUGUCUAUCGGGAAAAGAAUUAAAUUAUUUGGUUCCACAAUCAAUGUAG